GCUACUACGAUUUGCCUUCGCCUUCUGCCGUCGUCGCCGCCUCCUAUGUGUGUAUACUUUUUGUGGGGGCAUCCGGGCGCUUCUUCGCCCUGAACACUUGGUGGCGGCGAUCUGGAAUGAUGACAAGGACGAGGCGUGCUGCGAUCUCUCAUCACACACACACGUCACACACCGCCGCAGCAGCACAACGGAGUUCCUCCUCUGGGCUGGAGUCGGACCAGCCGACCACCGACCAGUUCAGAUCAGAUCAGGCGGACUCUAGGACGUGUGUGGUACAUGGCUCCGGAGCCUUCGCGCGAACCGAACUACCCGAAGGCCGAAGAAGAGUGUGUCCAACUAUUUAGUAGUUUCCUUGUUUUUUUUUUCGGGAAUCUGAUCUGGUUGGUCAUGUGUGGAUCGGGAGAGGAGGUCCCGCUCCACAACUAGUUCAGUGUGUAUUCUGUUGGUUUUUUUUCACUGCUGCCCAAUGCUCGCCCAACUUCCGUGGGAGAAGUGUGUGACACGAAGAAUUUGUGUGGUAGCCGCCUUGUUGUGUGUACGACGGAACACACGGAACCGAUAACCGGAGAGCGCGCGCGGCGCCGUCAUUUAUACAAAAUCUUUUCAGUUUUUCCCUAAAUUUCUAACAAAAAAAAAUUAAAUGAUAAACCACUAAACAAAAAAAAAGUCGUCAAUACAAAAGAAGCCAUAAAAAGUCGAGUUCUGGAUCUGGUUAAAAAAAUUAUUACUUAGAGAAAGAGAGAAAGCGCGCGAGUAAACACAGAUGAAACUAAGCAACGGGCGAACGAAAAAAAAAGUUUGAUAAAACAACAUCAUAAUUAUUAUCAUUCGUUGAGUAGUGAGUGAGUGUUAUGAGUCCAAUUGCAACCAACUAUUGCACGGCGAACGUAACAACGCGGGGGCGAAGUAAACAAAAGCGAUGCGAGCGAAAAAAGUAAUCCCAAACGGAGCAGCAGCAGUUCUUGUUACGAAAAGCGAAGAAUCCACCGCCAUCGUCGUCGCAUCGCCACCGCUUUGGGAGAGAAAGUGGGAGGAGUAGACCCGGCCGGCCAAUCAAAGCGGAGCAAUUUUCCAGUACUUCUGAAAAAUUAAGUAAAACAAAGAAAACACAACAAAUAAGUGCGUGUGACUGAUAAACCGACAGAACAAGUGACACAAAAUCGGGAAGAAAAGAGAAAACAGAAAAGUUCGUGCUUUUGUUUCCCGAUCGCCGCCUUCCCCUUUCCCCACACUGCUUUCGAUUGAACACUCCUCCUGAAGCUCCUCGGAACGUUUGAUCAGAAGAAAACUCAACAAACAAAAAAAAAUCCUAGUUUCGGCUAGCUCACAGAGUGUUCAGAUGUGCGUUCGUGCGUGUGAUUUCGUGGUUUCCAUCUCAUCUCAUCUCCUUUCGGUACAUUCGGUUUGAAUCGAACUGAUGUGGGGGUGUUUUUCACACGCACACCCCAAGUGACCCAAACGAGCAAUGCGACGUUCAGAAGUUCAGUGACUUUUCUACGCGCGUCCGCGUAACCAAAACACACAGUGAUCAGGAUCAUCGUCAUCAAUUCGCAGAUUUUUUUCUGUUUGCGAAGCGUGCAAAAGUGAAUUCGGGAUUCACAGAAAAGGAGAAAGAGCGAAACGAUCGAUUUUAGUGCGUGCGAUCUCCUCGUGUUGUGUGUCGGGAAGAAAAACUCUGAUCGUGUGUAAGCGUGGUUUGUUUGAUUUUUUUUUUAUAUUUCCGCAAAUCGUUUUCGAUCGUGCGUGCGUGUGUACUUGUAAUUGUGUCUCUCGGUAGUGUGUGCGUGCGUGCGUGCGUGUGGACGGCAACACGCGGGGUUUCUUCACGAUUUCACGAAAGAGAGGGACCCCUGGUGUCGAUCCGCAAUCCGAUCCGCGGUGUGGAUGUGCGUGCCGUGGCGGGUGUGCGUAAGUGGUGAGUAAGCGCUCAGGAUCAGGGCAACGCCGCCGGCAUCCGCACCCGUGGGCGAACCAUCACACGAAGCCGUGUGUGUGACGCGUUAAGCCGGAAUCGUUCUGGACGGCUUACAAAAAACAAUAUCCAAACGAACACACUCGAACCUUUAUGGAGUGCUGGACGGGUGACGCCCGCUUGGCGAGAUUUUGCGAUUAAGCAGCGUAAGCUGUCACCGACAUGGGCAGUGAGCAUUACUGCUUGAGGUGGAACAAUCAUCAAUCCAACCUGUUAGGGGUGUUUAGCCAAUUGCUGCAGGACGAGAGUCUGGUGGACGUAACACUAGCUUGCUCAGAGGGCGCCUCCAUCAGAGCCCACAAGGUUGUUCUCUCGGCCUGUUCCUCGUACUUCCAGACGCUGUUCCUCGACCAUCCCGCCCGGCACCCGAUUGUGAUCCUGAAGGACGUCCGCUUCGCCGAGCUCCGCACGCUGGUCGACUUCAUGUACAAGGGCGAGGUGAAUGUCGAGUACUGCCAGUUGUCGGCGCUGCUGAAGACGGCCGAAUCGUUAAAGGUUAAAGGUCUGGCAGAGAUGACCAACCAGGAUACCGCUCUGGCCGAACCGAAGCGCGAGCCGGACCGUUUGCGGCCCCAUAGCCACAGUAGUGCGCACGCGACAAGUGCUACCGCUGCCACUCUGCCCUCGGCUUCCUCCCCCUCGUCCACGCCGGCAGCGACAUCUACCGGAAAUGGCGGCACAGCGGCGGCAUCCCCUCAUCAUCACCACCAACACCACCAUCACCACCAGCAACAGCAGCAACACCCUUCGUUAGGCUCACCCACCAGUAACGCAGCGACCGUAGCGGCUGUGGCAGCUGCGGCCGCUUCCCUUGGCAUUACCGAUCUUUCCUCGAUAACAGCGAAGUCCCGGGGGCUUGAUCCGGACGGGAGAAGUCCUACCCCAACGCGGCUGGAAUCAUCCUCGCCUACUCCUCUAGCGCUUUAUCCACCCCUUAGGAAAAAUCGAGAUCAUGCUCACACGUCUAGCGGUUCGGUAACCUCGUCGGCAACUACAACCAUCACAACGGCGGCUGCGGAGCGCUCUUCAGAAGAACGAGAGGUUGCGGAUCAACAGCAACAGCAGCAGCAGAGGCUUCUUUCGAAUAGUGGUAACGCCUUCAACAGUAGUCUCAAUGUGGACAGUCUAAAUGUCCCGUCGGAAGGUAUCAGUAACACCAGUAACGCUACCGGAAACGCCAAUGACAGUGCGAAUCGGCCGAACGCGAUCGAUGAGGACGAUGAUGACGACGACGAGGACAACGAGGAAAAUGGCAACGCGUUAGGGCAUGAGUCGGGAAACGCCAACAGCGUGCAGGACCAACUGCUGUCACACUGUCAGCGACCGACAAUGAUGGACUCCGACGAUGGGCUCCGCGGAGGAGGUCAAUCUGGCACCACCACCACCCACAACAACAACAAUUCGGAUGAUGAGUACGAGCCGCCAAUAAAGAUCAAGAGUGAAGUUGAAUUCUCUCCCCUCUCAGGGCUGAACAUGACGAUCAACUCGCAUGCGUGCCUAGCAAACUCUACCACAAGUGGACUGGUGAACUCAUCCGGCGGUAGCAUACUCGGAGAUUUAAGGCCUUCGUCCCGAGACAGUGGCGGAGGUCGAGGUGGGGGAACACCGGUGGCCUGUAGCUCGACGACAACAACGGGAGCUGCGAACAGCGGUGGUGUUAUGGUCGGGGGCGGUGGCAACGGGAGUGCGCUUGGGCUGGAUCGCAGCUCGCCUCGUUCGCAUCGGGAUCGCAGCGAGCGGAGUACUUUCGGCAGCGGAGGCAUUCCGAGCCCCCUGUCCGAGCCCAUCGCAGGACCCUCCGGGAUGGGGCCGGUGCAGCAGGUUCCACUGCAAUUGCAAUUUUAUUUGCAGUCUCUGAAGAAAGAGAUCGACUGGGACCGGGGAGAUGACAAGUCGUCCGGUGACAGUUCGCUGGACUUUCGGCACCCACACGAUUCGGAAGCAUCAGAACCGCAUGCCGCCAGCGGUAGUGUCGUUAGCGGUAGUCUCUGUCCGAGCGGUCUCGGUGGCCCAUCGCUGGGGCUCGGUAGUGGCAGUGGUGGUGUCGGUGUCGGUCCGGACCAGGUGCCCUGUGGUGGUGGUGGCGGGCCUGGUCCGAUAUAUCCGUGCAUGUAUUGUGGGGCGACCUUCCCGAACCAGAGUAAACUGACCCGACAUAUACUGUCGCACUCGCUGGAGACGCUCAAAUACCGCGAAACGGCCCACCUGAUACAUCCGUCGCAUCUGGCGCUGCUCCAGCAGCAACAUCACGAGCUGACCCAGCAGGCCCAACACCAGCAGGCGGCCCAAGCAGCGGUAGCCGCGGCGGCUGCUUCCCUCGUGCAAUCGUCUCCGUCGCCCUCGCAGCUGACGUCGCCCCAUUUCACGCCACAUCGGACCGGCCCACCGCUGGACCAAAUCCUGGAACCACCGGAUGGAGCCUCGCCAAUGGAGCUGGAGUUUGCCGCCGCCGUAGCUGCACAAGCCGCCGCAGCGGCAUCUGGGAAUGCGGCCGCCGCUGACCAGGGUAACGUGGUGCUGUGUAAGUUCUGUGGCAAGAGUUUUCCCGACGUGUCUUCGCUGAUCACCCAUCUGCCGGUGCACACCGGGGACCGGCCCUUCAAGUGCGAGUUCUGCGGUAAGGCCUUCAAACUGAGGCAUCACAUGAAGGAUCACUGUCGGGUGCAUACAGGUGAGCGGCCGUUUCGCUGCGGGAUGUGCGGUAAGACCUUUUCGCGCUCGACGAUCCUGAAGGCCCACGAGAAAACGCACUACCCGAAGUACGUGCGGAAGUUCCUAUCGCCAUCGCCGAUUGACGGGAAAGAUGAGUCACCCCAAUAGUGCGACGAUCUGCACCUGCUGAACUUCCUCCUGCUCUACAACCUGCAGCAUCAUUGUGAUAUGUACGGCUUCACCUGAACGGCCUCUCCCCCCAAUUAACUACUACUACUACCUAUGACAAACAGGUGCAAUUGAGGACUAGUAGCAGAAAGAAAAAAAAACCUCAUUUAGCUUACCUGAGAGAAGAAAAAAUAGAUACUUUACAGCAGGACAGCAGCGGAAAAAAAACAUUACAACGGGAAGCGACGCACAGGAGGAGCAUCCGUACACUAAAAUAAAACUCUAAACUUACACAUAUAAACUACCAUACGGGACAACAAGAGAAGCUAUUACAAACUAACCAGACAUCCCUUGAAAAUAUCCCUCAAACACACACACACACACACACACAUACAACAACAGAUCCCUCACACCCUAACCCUCAAAUUCUUAGGAUGAACCGCGCGAGUAAUGAAGCAAUAUAAAGAGUAAUUUUUAUAUAAUAUUAAUCCUCGAGGAAAUAAUAUACACAGAACUACACACUCAAACACAAAUCCACAAACACAUACACACACCCAUACACGUAUGUAAUUAAUAUUGGUGCUAUUUAUACCAAUAACAUCUUAUCAGAUAGGACAACAAAUGACGCGGGCAGCAAAAGAAAAUGGUGAAUGCUACAUUUACACUCAAAUCGAUACAUCCUGACUGUUGUGUGUAUUUUGUCAAUUUCAUAGACAACUACAUCAAAGGGAUUUCCGGUCCCUCGAGCAAAUUUCUACGAAUGGUACGAAUAAUUGAAGGCGAAAAGUGGUCCAUCUCACGACCACUCUACCAGCGAGCAGAAUCACAAAAAAAAUCACACACACACACACACAUUAUUAAUUGAGAAAAGACAUCUGUGAUCUUAUUGAAUAUUAAAUAAUUGAGUUAGUUAUUAUUAAUUAUCUACCCCCAAAACAGGAUGCGUGUGAAACAAAAACCAUGAAAAAAUCACGGGGAAAAUGAAGUGAAAAAAAGUAACACAACCUUAAAAUCUUCUCUCGGAUAAAACCGAAGCGUGUCUUUUUGCUGCGAGACUGGAAGACAAGUGAAACACACAUCUACAGACAAACUUUGUGCAAAGAAAAACUCUUCUAAACACACAAACACUCUCUUUUUUCCCCAAGCCUACUACAAUAACUUCGCGUGUGACCAUAACGAUUCGGACGAAGCGUUUCCCAUUUUAGUACUCGCAUAAUUCAUCCUCCUUUAGUUAGAAUUUUUGCGUGCGUCUAUUUGACGGUAACAAAAACAAAUGUGUCAAAAUCAGACGUCAUUUUUGUUUUGUUUUCUUGUUAUCAUUUUUAAGGCAGAUUUUUCAUAUACCAACUAGUGGUUGUCAGAGUGGGUAGAGAGCACACGGACACACACCAACACAAACAGACACACACACACACAUGCAUACAUUCAUUUUCUGAGGGAAAAUAAUAAAUUGCGUCACUGUGAGAGAGGGAGUGUCCAAAAACGCCAGAGCACGCAAACAAACAAUUGAUUACAAUAUUCGAGAUGUGAAAAGCAUUACGUUCCUUAUUAUCUUUAAUGAGUUUAGUUUUUAGGCGUUCGUGGAAAAGAAACAACAAAGUACCAUUUUGUGUGUAAGGUUCUUUCACUAAAGAGCAAAUGCCUAAGCGUAUGAGAUACGUGAUAUACAUAUAUAUAUAUAUAUAUAUAUAAAAAGAUUUUUGUACAUUAGUUUGAUGGGUCGCUCUGACGAAAGGAUGGAAAGAUCUUCUAACAACACAAUCGUGUACUUUUCUAUUUCUCAAAACUAAAGAAUCCGUUGAGCAUCGUAAUCUGGUACACGAUAAACAGAGAUGCUGCAUAUCACGAAGAAAUGCGAAAAUUCAAACACACACUCAUUCAUAUUAAAUCGUUUACAUUAUUUCGAUAAGAAUCUUUAGUAAUUAAUACUUUCUAGUUCGCAAAACCAACAAAAUCCCAUCGAAGGUGGAGGAGAUAAUCAAAAUUGACUGUUUCGGAAAAAUAAUUAUUUAGAAAAAUUACAAAAUUUGUGACUGCAAUGUAAACCAAAGUUCAAAAUUAUCGUUUCGGCAAAAGCGUGUUGUGAUAUGGAAUUAAAAAAAAUUAGCCCUAGUUCAAAUUUACGUUGAUAAGUUAGGAGACUUUUUUUUCUAGUAUUCGUUGGGUAAGAUUAAUUUAACGCAAAACUUAUUGGCGACUUUGCGAGAGCAAGAGAAGCAAUCGAAAAUCAAAGAACAUCAGAAAAGGGAAAACACUGAAAAGAAAGUCGAAGCUAAGUUCUGAAAACAAAAAUUAUAAAUUGUAACCAUUGGCUGUGAUUAAGAUGAACAAUUUACAUUUUAACCUGACUAAACAAGUAAUGAGAAAGAAUAAUAUUAAGUAACUUAAUUAUACGACCCAUUGGCGCACUCGUUUCGAACUUUAUGGAUCUCAAAAUUGAUUGUGAUUACGUUUUAGAUUUAACCUCUCCACACAAAACAUAGCGAAAACAUUUUUAUUAGGCGUAUUAAUGAAAUUCAAAAUUCCUCCUAUAUCGUACAAAAUUUAGGCUUUAAUCGAUCAAAAUUUACACCAUAAUUGAGUUAUUUAAUAGGCACACACAGUUUGACACUUGACUUGGCUUUUCGGUGUUGAAGAGCAGCAAAAGUAGCAACGCAACGCGUAUUUCUCCUCCACUUUGAGUCGAAAACUAUCGAAAAGAUAUAUCUAACUUUAAGUGAAAACACGAAAUUCUCUGUAUAUGAUUUCAUCUCAAGAAAAAAAAUUAUUAACUAGUUGUCUAGCCAACCUAGGAGAAACAGGGCGAAAAUAUUUUCAAAUGAAACAACAUUCCAUUUCUAGGGGCGUGAAAGCGUUGUAUGCGCUUACACUGUGAAACCAGGACACGGUUUUAAUACUUCUUUCUCCUUCUAAUGUUUAAUGUGAUACUGUUAAAAAUUUUCCUGAGCAGAAAACAAAAUUCUCAAACCUUCAAAUGCAAAUCUUUAUGUAUAUGUUCAAUUGUUGCUUCCAAGGAGGGAGCAGUGGAGCUGUGCGCAUCCCGGGUUGGAAUGAGGCAUGUGAAUCGGUUCGUUCGAUGCGUUAUCUAUGGGUUUUUGUUUAAUUACUCAACUGGAGCAAAAUUUCGAAUAUAUUCUUGAUCUAGAUCAGCGGUACUCAACCUUCUUUCAGAGGGGCCACAAACACAUUUUCUCUAUUGUAUCGCGGGUCACAUAAAAUGGACACGACCAUAUAGGUCACGCAGGACUAUGAGACUAUAAUCGGUGAAACAAUCAUUGUAGAAAUUCAAGAAUGAAUCUCUUUAGUACAUGCAUUUGAUAGCACUGACAAGGGCCGAAUCUAACUUUCGCCUUAAGUUUUUUACCGAAGAACACAGCUCUCAAUGCUGAAAUAUACUUUCUUCACAUCUGGCUUGAAAUACGCUGAACUUUGACUUCACUUUUAACCCGGAAACAAUGCUCAAAUUCACGAAAAAUAGUUAAUCGAAAAAGUCACCAUUUGUCAGUCAGUCAGCUAGUGAUGGCAGCGAAGCUUUUUGUUUAGUGUAGUUUGGUUUUCCAAAUAGGUAUUUUGUACGGCUAGAAGCGAAUAAACUGAAAAUUUCUUGAAGUCUGAAAAGCCCGUAUAACUCAGAACAUCACCAGCAUUCUACCAAUAUAAUAAUUGACCACGCUCUACGCGGAAGUUUUUGUGGUCCUGAAAAGAAUAAAUGGUUUACGUGGAUUUGAAGGAGCAUUUGAAGAUGUGCGUUUCAUAAUGCAUUCUUGUUUUCGCGAGAACAAAGCACCAAAUUUGUAUUCUUAUUGCCAAUGAAUGCAGCACACUCAGUAUGCAUAUAUUUUUCUCGUACUAAACACAUUGCGGCCCGAGGUUUUGAUAACGUUUAAAACCAACAGUUCAUAAGUGUGAUUCAAUCAUACCCAACCAAUCUCCGCAUUACGGUAUGUAAACCACCGCGGUGCGUCCUAUUCAAUAUAUCUCUUCUGUUUUGCUUCUAUCCGUCAAUGCAAGCUCUGCACUAUGCUUACUUCGCGAAUACUUUGAAAAUACAUUCUGAUGCGAAAAAAAUUUCACGUCUAUUCAACAUGGUAAUAAAAAAGAAACUGGGGUUGGCCCUGGCGAGCACACUAUUUAUAGUGCCAAUCUUCAAUGGACUUCAAAGCAUAUUUUUAUAAUUUUUUGUGAUCACGAUAGUUUUUUUUUCAAAGUAGUUUAUGAGCUAUGAAAAGAUGCACAGACUCGAUUAUAUGUGAUUCGAUUAUAUACAAUUUUGGACUCGAUUAUAUACAGUCUGAAAAUUUAAUUUUUUAUUUUUGAAAUAUUACUUAUUUCAUGAAAAAAUUUUACUUUUCAACAUUAAAGUGAAAUUUAAGUGGCUUUUAUAUGUACAGGGUGGUAAAAACGGCGAUUUUUGAAGAUUUUGCUCGAAUUUUCACCAGGAUUUGUUUGUGUCUAUAUUGCAGCGAAAUUACGAAAGAUAGAAGUUGGGUAUCAAAGAACAAAUUAUAAAGUGGUUUGAGAACCUCAAUUUGAUUGAUAGAAACAAUCAAGUUCAAUAUGAUUUUUUUUUGAAUAAAAUUAAUAAUUACGCAUUGAAAAUUACUAACUUUGAAAUUUUCACUUCCAAAGCCGUUAUUUAAAUCCACUAACUUAGAUGUUCCACUUCUAUAUCCUUUACUAAAUUUUCUCAUCUUUCAAAUGAAGUCAACAGAAUUGGCUUACGCAGCGUACUUUUUAGUGUAGAGCCAGUUUGAGGCAACAUAGUCCGAAACAAAAAAAAAAGUUCUAUAACUCUGUCAUUAUUGAAAUUCGAACAUAUGCGUAGAAGGAUCUUUUUUCAUCAAAUAUGAUCAUCUAUCACCUUCUGAGAAAUUCUAGAAAAAAAAAAUAUUUCCAUGUGAGAAAGGUGUUUUCUGACAUUGAGGGGAUGAAUCAAAAAUUAAAUUCUUCUAUUAUUUUCAAUAAACGAAAAAUAUAUGCAUAAAACACGAAAGAAAAUUUUUUUUUGACUCGAUUAUAUACAGUGAAAAGAAAUCGGAGACUGUAUAUAAUCGAGUCCGCGCUGUAUUCCGAAAGGGAUUGUCAUACAACUUCGUUCAAAGAGGUAUUAACGUUAAAACCCUUGCACCCCGAAUGUAACGCAUUCCUUUUCAAAAAUUUAAACGUAGACCCAAGCCCAUAUGCAAAAAUUAUUUGAUGCAAAGGUGCAUUAGUAUUCUAUUUCAUGAAAACGUGCCCUGUUUUCUGAUUUGACACCGUUAUUGAAAGACGUAGUCCUACGCAAAAAAAUAGGUAAUGAUUGCUUUGGUUUUCGUUAUUGUUACACAUACAAAAUAGUUUGAAAUAAAGUAACACCAAAUGGCCAACCAGAAGAGCCCGCCGGGCCUCAUGCCACAUGCCCACAAGCCGCAGGUUGAGUAUAGCUGAUCUAGAGCUUUUACGGUUCCUUUUUGGUGAGUGAGCUUUCUGUUCGAUUAAAUCCAAUAUUUUAAUAUUUAAUGAUGCAUAUAACAACAGAAAUGCAAGUUUGUCCUCUGUUUUCUCUUUCCAAUAAAAAAUAUUUUCCUAGGAAAGUUUGAUUUAUAACCUUUUUUCAGAUUUAUCUAAUAAAAUUCGACUUCGUAUUUCACUAUGAUGGAAAUUUUACUUGGUAUUUCGCAUUCGCAUUCCGACAAUCCACGCUUUUCUUUUCACGGUUCAGGUUAGCCGUCGAUUAUUUCAGACCAGUGACUCAUUUGAGAACCAUGGUUUCUUUGAGAACCAAGGCUUAUUUAAGUGGUUUAUUUGAGAUCCAUAACUUUUUUGAGAGAUGUUAUACAUUUGACGUGGGUUACUUGAGAGCCGAUAAUUUUUCAAGAGCCAUCGAAUAUCUGUAAAUCAGGGCUUAUUUAAAAAAAAAGACUUUUUUGAAAAAUGUAUUUUUCUAGAGCCGUAGCCUAUUUAAAAGCCCCUACUUAUUUGAAAUUAAUGGUUUAUUAGAGAGCAGAGGCAUGUUUAAGAGCCAUGGCUUGUAUGAGAGCCACGGUUCAUUUAAGAGUUUAUUUGAAACCAUGAUUUAUUUCAGAAUCACAGUUUAUUAGUAGUAGCAGCUCGUAUGAUCUUUUGGUCGAACUGAUUUGAAUGUGCGGCUUUUCACUCAUCUCCAUGUUGUCGACAUAGUUUACUAUACCUUCUAACUUCAACGACGGCGCACUAAUCGAGUUUUUACCAAGUUAGAACACUGUUACAAUCGGGAAUUCCAACGAUAUUCGUGACAUUCGACACCAUGGUUAUGACGGGGUGUAAGCCCCGAAUAGGGGAGCUACCAGUCCCAGAGGUACACUAACUUCCUUUCCGAGGUAACUUGAAGAUCUGACACAGAUAUACUCAGCUAUGAAACAAUAUUCAAGAGCUGCUGUACCGCUUCUUAGCUUUCUUAGCUUCUUGGAAUUAGAAAAACGGUUCCGAUUAGUGGUAACCAAUUGGAACCAUCUGCAUAUUGGAAUCCGUUCAAAGACAAGCCAACUAGUAAAAUUAGGGUGUCCGAAAACUUUCUCCCUUUUUUUGAUGCGAAAUGAAUACACGAUAUUUAUUGCGUAAGGUGGAGUUAUCAUGUAAUAUAUGGACCGUUCUGACUUUUGAGUCACCCUGUAUUUCAGUAGAGCUGCCGCAUGUCAAAAUAUAAAUAAAAACAGAAAUUGCUCUUUCGAUAGCCAUUCGGCCGUAGUUCUGUGCGCAUGGUAUCUAAGGAUUUUCUCGUGAAAUUUAGUUUAUUCAAACUGAAUUAUUGGACAAAUCAUCAGUUUAGACGACUGUUCACAUAUUCUAGAUGAGGUGAACACAUAUUUUGUUUAAUCACAGCGAUUAAUUAGCAUAGGAAUUACUUCGAUGUUUGGGGGCAAAGUGGUCAUAGGUGACUAACGACUUACAAUGUUCUGUUCACUAAAGCUGAUAUACCUCAUCACAUUCUGCUCUUGAGGAGGAUCCUUUUUUGGCUUGGACCCUGGAUAAAUAUGCCACUACAACUAAACUAAGCCUCAUUAUGCGGAACGUUAUGUGUUUCUUACUACGCUUUUGUACGCAUGAGAAAAUUCUAAUUGAGACUCUCGGUGAAUAGGCCAAACUUAUUUCAUACAUGUACCUGAUUCGAACAAAUUUGGACGAAAAAAACGCAUAAAUCUAUCCAAUUUAGCUUUAUAUGUGCGAGUGACCACUUUACCUCCGAGCAAAAAAAAAAGUUCGAUUUUUCACCUUUUUUUCUAAUGAUGAAAAGUGUACUAUUUUGAAUUUUUAUAGUAAAAGCCGUUUGCUAUCUUGAACAACAAUGAGUUGAACUAUAAUAUUCUUCGAGAAACGGGAAUUAAAGCGGUAUGAGGACGCAGGAAAUGGGCAUAUUUCUUAGGGUGACCACUAUGCCCCCACUUCCCCUAUGUAUGGCUAUAUGGCAAAUAUUGUAUAGGGUAUUGAAUAAGAAAUUUUGACGGUUUUUUUUUUGAACCACUAUGUGGUUUACCAUGGGAUCUAUAGUGAAAAACGUACUCGUUUAUUCCACGCCAUCCUCAAAAGCUUCGAGAUAAAAAUCGAGACAAAAAAUACUGAAUGUGCAUCUCACUACGGUGUAUCAAGAAAAAUUGACAAUCAAAUAUUGAAGUACUAAAAAAAUACUGAAAUUUUGAAUUUUUUUUAUGGGGUUUAGAGAUUCAGUACUACUCUAAUUCAUAUUUAAAUGUGUUCCUACGGCUUUUCUAGAUAUGUGUGAUUUUUUUCAGAUUUGUUUCAGUGUUGCACGCCACAUUUUUUUUUAUAUUUCGAAAGGGUCUGACUGGGUAAGGGAGUAAAAAGUGCCCCCAAACCAAAUCACCAGCUGUAUGGAAAAAAAAUUUACAGUAGUACCAUAUAUUUGAGUUAUUAUAUGGUACAACAUAUGAUCUAUCGUGAAACAUGCACCUUUUCGUUUUUUCACGCCAUUCUCGAUAGCUUUGAGACAAAAAUAUUUUAAAAAAAUACUGAAAGUACAUCUUACUGAGAUGUAUCGAUCAAUAUUUUCAAACAAUUAUUUCAUCACAAAAUCAAAAAGUUUUUAAUUUAAUUUUUGCUUUUAUUUUAAAUUAAAUUUUAUUUUUUGUUUGAUUUUGAGUUUCGGUACUACUCUAGUUUGUAUUUCUUCCUACGUCUGUUUUAGGUAUAUGUGAUUUUUUCCAGAAUUUUUAGAGUGUUUUUCGUGGUACAAGACAAAAUUAUAUAUAUUUUUAGGCAUUUAGAAAUUUCGAAAAAAAAAUUAUUUUUAGACCCACAUUUGCUUUAAUUUUUAUAUAUAAAAAAAGGAUUUUCCCACGUACGUGUAAAAUAUCAUCACAGGAGAACGGCUGAUCAGAUCAGCACGGUCAGUAUAUUUUUUAUGUUUGUCUUCACCCAAAUUAGAAUGAUAGAGUACUUUGGAAAAUAUUUGAAAUGAUUAGAAAAAAUCGAAAAAAAAUUCUAAGAAAAUUAGAAAAACCUAUGUUGUGUCAAAUAAGGACUCAAAUACAUGGUACUAUUGCAAAAAUGUUUUAGUUAGUACCCUAUACAAUAUUUUCCAUACAGCUAGUGAUUUGGUUUGGGGGCACUUUUGACUCCCUUACCCAGCUAGACCCUUUAGAAAUAUGAAAAAAAAAUUGUUGUGCCGCGCAACACUGAAACAAAUCUGAAAAAAAUCAAACAUAUCUAGAAAAGCCGUAGGAACACAUUAAAAUAUGAAUUAGAGUAGUACUGAAUCUCUAAAUCCCAAAAUUGGCUUGAGAAAAACGAAAAAGGUCUAUGGUGAAAAGACCCUAUGUUAAACCACAUAGGUGUUCAAAAAAAUCGCCAAAAUUUCUUAUUUGAUAUACUACACAAUAUUUGCCAUGCAACUGGUGAUUUGGUUUGGGGGCACUUUUUACUCCCUUGCCCAGCCAGGCCCUUUAUCACAUAGAGAUUUUUUUAAGAGAGGAACAAGUAAUAAUCUAAUGGAAGGUCUACGGGUAUGGAGGAUGAAGUAGAACAUCCCAAUCAAACUGUAAUAAUUUUUGUCUUAAGGCAAACGCAACAUGCGGUCUUGCGUUGUCGCGAUGGAACACGAUGUCUCGUCGAUUCGCCUAUUCUAGCCGUUUCUCUGCUAUGGUGGCUAUGGUGGAUUGAUCCAGUUGAUUGCCAUGUUUGUCAACAUUGAUCGUAUCACCUUGCGGAAGGAACUCGAACACCUUUCUAGUCCCACCAUAUGCACAAAAAUACCUUCUUCGGAUGAAGUCCAGUUAAAAAUCCAUUUUCCUUAGAGCAAUUGCGUUUUAGAUGCAAAUUUUGGUAUAAAAUCCAAGUUUCCUCUCCAGUGACAAGCCUUUUCAAGAAAGGAUACCUUUUAUAUCGCUUCAUAAGGCCGGUGUCCGUCAAUAGGUGUGGAACCUCAUAUCGAUUCGUAUAUCCCAUCCUGAUUAAAUGCUUAUACACCGUUGUCUUAGGAAAAUUAGUGGAAUCCGCUAUCUCACGCACACUAUAUCGCGGAUUUUCAGUGAGUACAGUCUUGAUAAUCUAAAUAAUGAUUACUGCGCAGCCCAAGAAUCUAUAAAUUUUUCACUUUUUUUAGUUGAUAUCGUCCGACUAAAUGAAGUACGAACACCUCCGGAGCAUUGAAGGCUUUCGCUUCUUUAAAAUUGAAGCUUCGCUGUUCCAUAUCGUUCGGAAGUUAUGCAAAGUCCAUAGCAGUGAAAUAGUACUGUUGAUAAAGUUGAUAUCUCUAUCAUCAGAUCUGAUACAGCCUCUUGGUCUAUCGGUUAUGUGAAGCAUUCAUAUAUUUCCUGUAAAGGUUCCUCAAUGCCGUCAGUAUAAACCUACAGUGAAAUCACCCGACACAGGGAAUAAAUAUUGAGUAUGACUUACCGGCUCGACAGUUGUCUGUUGUGAGAGGAAAUGAUGCCCAAUGUAUGGCUCACUAGUGCUGCAAGUAUAUAAUAUUAACAUCACUGUUAUACUGUCAACUGCGAGGGAUAGGACGUUGUGUCUUUCACGCACCUCACAGGUUACAAUAAAAACAAGGUGAAUUAUGGAUGUCUUAUAUACCGUUUUAGACAAGUUUUCACACAAUCAUCUCAGAUAUUUGGAAUAAAGCAAGCUUAUAAUUCAUUUUACGAAAUUUGAGACAGAAAGAUUUCCGCGCAGUCCAAGAGAUUACGAUUGUUCACAUUAGUAAUUCUUCUAUCUCUCAAGCAAAGUUAUACAAUCAGUGGAUCACUACAUGGAAUGAGCACGCUUCUAGAGACGAACCAACACUGUUGCUAACUAUGCUUAUGCUCCUCUAUGAGUUACUUCUACUUCUAGGCAAUUUUUUUACAGAACAUAUUCCAACAAUCUUCGUUGGGAUUCGUAAUACAGCAAGCUCUGUGCAGCCGAAGAGUCUACCUUUGUUCACAGUUCCCGAGUAUUUCGAUAGUUGAUAUCGUUGGAUACAAAGUUCAACAAUUGGUUUUCUAUCUCUCAAGCACAGAUUUUGUAUAUUGAUUGGAUGACUAAAUGAAACACGAUUGCUUCUAAUAUCACACUAUCACAUGCACCUUGCUGUUUGUGAUUAUAAUUUUGGAGGGUUCCGCCUCUUUAUAUAUUUGGGACGAUCUGCAGUGUAAAAUAGUACCGUUGAGAAAAUCUACAUCCCAACCCUGAACGACUAAAUGGAGAACAAACGCUUCUGAAGCCCAACAUCGCAUAAUGAGCGACUCCAAUCUUGGCUUCCGUUUCUUUCUAUUUUUUAGGAAGAUCUGCCAGGUCCUAAAUACCUAAAUAGUUGCAAAGGUUGAUAACCCAACUGUAUCAUUAACUAACCCAUAAUGUUGGCUUUUUGAAUCAGUUUGGAAUCAGUACAAUAUCUCAGUGUAACGUAAAUUUUUGAUCAUACUCACAUCGGGAUAAGUCUAAUACUUAUUUCAUUGGGUUGUGAAAUUAUACUCACUUUCAGAUAGGUCGUCACAUUCAAGAAUAACAAAAUUAUCUGCAAGAAAAUAAAUUCAAAUGGAAUUAUGAGAAAUAUUGCUGAUAAACAUUUCGCAGACGUUAGAAAUUAUUUAUUUGAAUCAAGUAUGCUCUAUUCUCCAAUUUUAAAUCAUUCGUGUUCGAUGUUCGUCGUAUGACUUUGUGAAUCGUAAAUGAAGUAUAGACCACAGAAUCGCGUGACGUAUCGAACAAAACCUGGUUCCUGCGCCUCAUUCGACCCUGCCCAGUGCCACGUUUGGAAGUAACCUCUUACCAGAAUUUGAUUACCAUUGGAGACGAAACAAGUUCCACGCGAAAUGCGAAAUCUCGUUUGACCGACGCAAAACAACCAUUCGUAGCAAUCGAAGCAGCUUACGUUUUUUUUUCUUUUCAGCAAACCAAUACACGAACACAAAGACGCAUACGCAUAUGCACACAAAUACACACACACAUACAAGCCAGCAAACGAGCGAACGCAGAGCGGAAUUUCUGAGACAAUGUUUUACCAAUAGCCGAAAGUUCCUUUUGUUAAUUCUGUUGUUUAGUAUAAUUUUUAACUAAUAAAUUAUUAUUUUUGUUUUCGUUUUGUACCUAUCGAGAACAAAGAAUUUGCUACUUGUUUUAGUCUUAGGUGCGGAGAAGCACGAAAAAAGGGUUAGGCACCGGUGGGAAGAGUGUUUUCCUCGAUUCCGGAUGUUCGGGACAUAUUGGUGGUGCUUGCGAGCACCAUCAAGAAGUGACACAAUCGAAAUCAGUGCACCUUCCCACCUUCUGCAUAUCGACAUCAGUUGCCGUGAAACGUUAUUGCGUGCCCGACAGAACCACACUCACACUACCAACCACGAAGGUACACAGAUACAGACAUACAGGCAGACACACAAACGCGCGCGCGAAAGCAUUGUGCGAGAUGUAGGAAACAAGUGAAGCAACAAGAUAUAAAUAUAUUUAUUUUUCAUAUAUUUACAUAAUAAUUUCAGCGAACCGAGAGUGUUUUGCGCAAGGCAAAACAAAACACAUAGAACAAAUAGCAUAAAAACCAUACGUUAAGCGAAUGUGAAAACAAUAGAUACAGAUACACAAAACAAAUACACAUAUAACAUAAAGUACAGCAAACAGAAUAAACGUUUGAAUAGUAGUGCGAAGGUUAGGAAGGUUUUUUUCGUAGAAAAAAAAUGAGAAUUUUGUUCAUCGUGAACCAAAACAAGCAGCACGCACCUAAACCCGUGUUUGGAACACAACAGCAAAUGGAUCAUACGUUUUCCGCGAGUGAUACUAUUUUCUCUGUAAGUGAGUUGAAAUCAUGGAAUAAGAAACAAAAAAUAUAAGAGGAAAGCUCGUGUAUAAAAAAACGUAAUUAAGGUUACAUAAUAAAAAAAUCAAUUAUCAAUAUACUAGUUCUAUAUACAUAUACUUAGAAAAUAUUUUAGUGCUAUUACAAUACUAGAAGUAAGCGCAAGAUAAGAAACAGAAAAAACAAGCAUAGCAAUAAUUAUCAUUUAGAAUAACAUGCAGAAGAGAGAAAGAUGAAAAAACACAGAUUAAAUCGUAAGAUUUAACGAUAAUAACGAAUAUAGAACGUAUUUAUAUGAAAAAUAUACCUUUUAUACGAAUGAUUUGCGGGGAAAAAGCAUGAACAACAGCAACAACAAGAAUAUAUAUCACACGUUUUGAGAGAAGAGAUGCAAGCUGCACACAUACCAGAAUGUAUGCAAAAUUAAUCGCAAUUUUUACUUCCACCAUACCAACACUUACACACACACACACAAGGAAACUCACGCCAAGCAGCUGUUAAUUGCACUCAUUCCACCACCAUCACCAAAACACGUUUGUAAUCCUCGCUUCCCGAACAGAUUUUCUCGGCGAACAAAUAAACACACACAAAAAUCUUUCAUAUCCAAACAUUCAACUAGAUUUGGUAGCUUUUCUCUCUGGGAGAGGAGGGAAAGAGUCGACACAAAACAAAAAAAAAAGUAUAAAAUCGUGAGUAUUUGCAAAGAGUAAUAUUUUUGUACAGAAAAUCCCAAUUCGCGGUGUUCUAGGUUGGAAAAUUUGAACCGCAUGGAAAACAAAACAUAAUACACACAUACCACAAACAUUUAAACACACACACACACAAGCAAAUGUGACUGAAAUCGAAAAUUUCUGACGGAAUCUAGCAACGCAGCAAGAAGAAGAAAAAACACAGAUAGAAGUUUCGACAGCAAAAGUUUUCGAUUUUUAGUCAAUUUGUAGCUUAGAGUGCCUCUAAUAAAAAUAAAAAUGGAAAUAUAUUGAAAUGAACAAAACGUUGAUUUAAUUUUGAAACCAAUAUAGGAACAAGAUAAACAAACAAGAAGAAGAAAAAACAACCAUUGUACUAAUUGUAAAAAAAAGAAAGAAAUAAAAUACAUGAAUCAUAGCUGAUAAGAUGAAAGAUAUUAUAGACACAUCGUAAACAACAAAUCAGCGAGGAAAACUUCACAGGAAAUAAAACCACAGAUCACACUUAAACAGCACGCGCGCAGAGAAGAAUUAGGGCACUGUUUAGCGGAGGAAAUGACAGCUCACGAAUUUGGAAGGCAUACCAUUUUGACACCAUCACUCACACAUACGAACACAUCCACGAACUUUGACACAAACACACUGUCGCAACAGAGUUUGGAAAAAAAAAACGAAAGCUUCAUCGUCAUAGUAAGCCCGAAAAAUUCUCGAAAAGUCACGAGCGCCAUGAGUCGCUUUUCUCAAUUUGUUCGUAUCGGAAACAUACAUUCGGAGGAUACAUAAUAAUCUGUGAUUUUGAUAAUAACAAAUCCGUGGAGGAGAGAAAGAAAAAUGUUUUGGAAAUCUAAAUUCGAAAUUUACCAAAAACAAAAAAUAGUUGACGAAACAACAUAAAAAAUGUACUGAAUUAUAGCGAAUAGCGCGUGCGUAGGCAAACGAAAAACCCGAUUGGCUGUAAUACUUUUAGAACUGAGCUUUUUCGGCAUUUUUAUUUUCGGCAAACGUUACUAGUCAAAAUUCUAAAUUAGAAACCAAAAUUUUAUUGUGAUCCCCCUGUAAGUAAAUUCGAUUUAUUUAUUUUUUUCGGAUUACUUCUUUGGCAUUGAUAUGUAAGCGAAUACUAAGAUACGAAAAACAAAUUGAAAUUCAAAUAGAUUAGGAUAUUGUCAAGCAAGUAGAAGAAAACAACCAAUUAGUUGAGUCUGUACAUUUAGAGACGGAAAACACAAGAAUAACAAAGUAAAUAUUAGUUCGAUUUUGGAUGGCGUAAAUUAUAAUUGUAAAAAUAUUCAGACAGAGGGGCAGAGAGUAGCGUGACGGCUGCUGUGUAUGCGAAAAUAAAAUCACAGGGUGACUUUAGAUAGUGGAACACACGCUAGAAAAAUAAACGAGCAAGUUUAGAGGAGGCAAAAAAUAAAUAUGAAAAUGUUUCUCAAAAGAAAUUUAAGCAUGAACUUCACACAACCGCAUUCAAGCAAAAAAAAAUCUGUGGAUGAUGGUGCGACUCCAAUAAAUUCCCCGCAGUAGUAGAUGAUAAUCCAAAAACCCAUACCCAAUCAAGCAGUCAAAAUCAUGGCAGUUGUUCUUUCAGAUACAAUAUUACAACCAUCCACAAACCAAUACAAGAAACACAUUCACAUACACUCACACAAAAGCAUUAAUAACAAACAGAACAAGAAGAAAUGAAGGAAAUAAUAGCUCAGGGCAUCUCAAAUUCUUCCAUAGUAUAUCAAUAGAGAAACAAGACAAAACAUAACCGACAAGUUGGAGAAUGCAGAUGUUGAAGUAAGCAAACCAGAGACAACCGAGAAAAAAAAUAACAAACCAACCAACAAACAAUUAGAGCAAUAAACUUAUAUAUUUUUAACCAACCCAUAGCCUGCCGCGAUUUGACAGCGGCUCAAUUGAGUAAACUACACACAUACACACGAAAAUAAAAUAUACCGACACACCCGGAACAAACAAAAACCGCAAACGUGAUAAUUCUGUUUUCUGCUGUUAAUUUGUUUUAACAUGAAGUUUUUGUUACUUGUUCUAUAUCCCGUCCCUCCCAAUCAAGCCCCCAGUUCCCCACGUUCACCCACAAAACAAUAGUUGAAUCAUAACCAUAUAAAGAAACAGUUAAUAUAAAUAUACAAACAGCCGCAAUAGAGACAACAAACAACAAACAGAAGAAUUUGAAGCAACUCAAGCAACCUCCAAUCUUUGAUUUCUGAUACGAGAAUGAUGCAACAUCAAGUGUUCUUUCAUAUUUUACAAUAGAGAAAAAAAAUAAACAGAAUAUUGAAGCCGCCGCCGCCACACCGGCGGCUCAGCGGCCGACUCAACUGAACCAAGCGCGGUAGCGAAGACAUACACCUAUAUGAUAUUUGUUUAGCAAGCGAAACGGAGCGAAGCAAAAAACAAAGAAACAAUAAUUGAUAAUUAUUUGCAAUAGCUAUACUAAAUAUACUGUGAGAAUAACACACAAAAAAAACCGUAAACAAUAGAACUGGUGAUUUUUUUUACAUAUACAACAAACGACAAUUGUUAAGCAACUCAACCGUUAUUGUAGAUUACAGAAAGUAAUUAGAACAAAACAAACAACUUAAAUCAAUCGUUUUUUCUUUGCGUUCAAACAACUAUAAAUAUGGUAACUGGUAACAGGAUGAAAGCAAAUACAAAAAAUCACAAAUACACACACGCAUGCACGCGUGACACCAAAUGACAGAUUUCGAAAUGUGAUGGAAUCAAAAUUCCAUUGCAUGCAAAUCAGGCAAGAGCACAUCUGAUUCGUGAUGGAAUUCGUGCUAAUCAAGAUGUGACAGAAGCAAGUGUGACCGUUAUGUGUGAUUGCAAAUUGUCAAAAUUAUCGCCGAAACACUACGAAAAGCGUUUACGCCAACGCAAAUAUUCCCCGUUCUUCUCAAUUUCUUUCUGGACUUGCCAUUGAAAUUUGUGCUGAAUUUGAAAAUGAAAAAUGGAAAUUAUUCUAGUAAUGAAUCAUCUAUUUCUCCUAAUACAUCAUUUCUUCUUGAGCACCCCAAGUAUUUGACAUGUGUAUCGUGCGGAUUUUUUUCCAUUCUCUCCAUUGUAUUUUCAACUAUCAACACUCACCUCUAAAUGUGGUGGUUUGGUUUGUUUUGGUUCGACAUUGGUUUGGUUAUUUUUUCUAUUGUAAACCUUUAUAAACUACAAAGUUCAUCCGAUUCUAGUCUUGAAAAAGGCCGAUCAAUUUCUCGAGUCCUGGGAUUGAACCCAAGAUCCAGAUCGUUCUCUUGGUGAGCGGACGUGCAUUCAUCUAUGUGACGGAGACUCCCUUCUGUGACUGUAACAGUUAUAUAACACAGUUUACUCACAAUACAGAAUUUUCAUCAAAGGGAACCCAUACCCUUAGACCAUUCGAUGAAGACCCAAAUCUGAAGUUCGUAUCCACUUUGUUCCCUCAUCGGCAACGUUCAACUUUGUUGGAACCCGUCACCGUUUACCAAUUUCCGUCGUUUCUAGAAUUUUGCUAACUUGAAAGGCGAUGAAGUGACUGUAACGUCGAUGGUCGGAUCUUAAUCAACAUAGCAUUCAAAAUACCUCCAGAAGAACCACUUCGAGAAUUUUAUUGGCAGAGACUUCUGUGUGGUGUCCGUAAGUCGAACACCGGGUAGACCGGCUUGGAGCUCGAAUCGUGGGAUCAUUUGCACAUUCGACCACAUUUCCCUCUCGAAAUCGGAGAUAGACGACCGCUGUACUUCUGCUUUGAUAGUCGUUGAAGACCGGUAGCAACGACGAACAACUUUGACGGGUUGUAUCUGCGGAAAUGCUACGAGGCACGGCUGCCUUUCGUCCUAGUGGAUUGGUACCCUUCAGAUAACCUGCAACCGCACCUUCGAGAACAUCAAUCAACAUCACAUGUUCUAAUCGUAGCUACUAUAUUUUUCACCGCUAGUGCGAAUUUUUUCUCCGUCUCAAGCUUCUCCAUAUUCGGCGAAGACUUCUGAUCUUCUUGAUGAUCGACUGUAUGAUGACCUCUGGCCAUUCAUAGAACAUCCUCAGCGUAUUUAGUACGUCCCCUUCCUUUCUCAAAUAGAGUAGUUUGAACCGCACUGCUUCCUGUGCCUUCCUUUCAGACAAUUACGGAGUAGAACAGAGACCACUCAUCCAACAAGCAGCAAUUUUAUUCCGUUUAAAAAAAACACCAUCUACACACCGGUUGUCCUCCUCUAACGUAUCUGACAGAAUGAAUCCUGAGUCUCGAGUAUCUCGAUGGGUUAGGCAAUUGCGGAUAUUCACGUGAACAUACUUCCGGGAUGAGUACUAACUGCGAAAGUAAACCGUUGAACGUUGAACGAGAAUCUUGGUGCCCUCGGGGCUUCUCGAGGCGUUCGAUGUUUGCCUAGAAGCCUUCUCUUCCGUUAAUCUGAAAUCUUCAAAGUAUUGAUCGGUUUCAACCAACCAUUGGGUGAUCUUGGACUCGUUAUCUUCGAUGUCACAAUCGAAGGUGGAUGGCUGCUGAAGUUCACCAAUAAGAAUAACGUAAUAGAGACCGCUUCUCUAACACGAAUUCCGCCUAAAGUUUCUUCAACUCGACCUCCUUCACUCGUCUUUCUGGUGGAAGAGUUUGUAGGGGUGGCCUCGUUCAACAUAACAAUAUCACACAUAAUUUUACCCGCACCCGUGACUCACUAACCGACCACACCGUACGACACCAAGACGGAAAUCUCCCUUCCAGUUGUAAGGCACUUUGGCAGGUAUGUCGUUCACCGAGGGGUCGAGCCUACAAAGUUGGCUUCACUCUUCGAUCGAUGGGAUGUAAGAUUCUUCCGGAGUGGAUUGAGUGAAAGAACGUAUCGCGAAAGAUCAUACGCACUAUUUGUGGUCUCACUAUAAAUAUUAACAAUCACUCGAUAUGCUUCAGUUGCAGAAUUCCUCGAAUUAAACACGAAAAGCAAAACUUGAAUCUCGUGAAUGACAACAAGACUGUUGGCCCAAAUGUUUCUAUUUUCUCGCAUUAAAUGCAGCUGACACCGAUAAGCUCUCUUAAUCGUAAUGAUGGUGAAUUGUUUUCAAGGUCCCAACCUCACAAUGUAUAGCUUUUGACUGAAAAUUACUAUUGGCACCACUCAAUGAGAAAUUCCGGGUUUUCAUUUGCACAUCUGGUAGAUAUAAAAUCACUUUUGAAUGUACGAUACUGCAUAACAAAUUUCAUGUACAGAACAGAGAUUUAGAGAUUUUAAAAAUCGAUACGGUCACAAAAGUCGUUAAAACGGAUACUGAUUAGUAACAAACUUCUCGUCAGAUUUAAUUUUGUUUAUGCUAACUGUCGAUGAUAAUUGUAUCAACUCAACGACAAUACAGCAUUGGAGGUUUUUAAUUGGAUCUUCAGGGUACAUUUGAGACAGAAGACAACUCCAACCAGGAAUCUAGAUAUUCGCCAUCAUCUGCAUGUGAAAUUGACCCCUAGUGGUCAAGCUUCCUAAAAAUAUUAUAGUAGUCUCACUGUGCAAUAGAUAUCUACAGGCAAAAACUGAUCGGCCAAAAAUUCUAUGAAAUUUAUUUAUCGCAGUUGCUUGAGGGAAUUCUUCCUCCGAUCCACUCAGUGACGUAGCGUAACCGAGUGACACCCUAUUUAAACUUUGCUUCAAGUAUUUUGGCGUAACCUAGGUUCACACAAGUUCAGUCUAACUGUUUUCAAAAUGUUUUUUUUAUUUGUUUAUUUUUUAACUUAAACAUAUUUUCGGGGCAGAAGAAAUAAAAUUGAUUUCGCGCCGAAAGCGAUCACGACGCUCUAGUUCGGAUGCUUGUGUAUCUUUAAGUGCUGAGAGCAAACGGCAAACGCUGUCCACACUAGUUCUAAUCCGAAAACUGAUGCCGCACAAGGUCCCUGGCAUCCCUAUCCCAACCAACACGUAUUAAGCGUAGGCAGCUAGAAAGGGCUCAAGCGGUAAAUUUAGUCGAGCUGUGAAAUUUCCAAAGUUUGAAAUUGUUUCGCAAUGUGAGCGUUGCUUGGGUGAUUUUCUCAAUUCAAACUCACUGUAUAAUUUGGAACCGUUUCUUGAAAAUCCCACUACAAAUGAACUGUAACACAUCCAAUUAGCAUUGCCCAGGUUAAUUCCGCGUUCUUCACAAUGUCCACGGAAUCGUGGUAUCUCUAGCGAAAGCUUUCUUCUGAACCCUUCGUCGUAGAAUUUUUUUAAUUAAAUCGACUUUUCAGCUCGCUGUCAGAUGCUGACAUGUAUUGAGUUUGGAUUGCCCCAGAAAUUCCGGCCCAGAUGAUUUUGAUCCCCUUUGCAAUUCCCGAUAAAAAUUAUCGGUUCAUUCCAAUAUUCCCAUUCUAUUUUUCCUUCAUUGUAAUCCCGGGUCCCGUUGGUCUUUAAUACAGCCUUUCGAAUUGCUUCCAACUGGAUUAUUUUUUCUUUCAACAGCAUGAAAAAUUAGUGCAUUAAGUUUGGUCACAGCCUUACUCCGUAAUUCUUUAGUUUGCAAAUAUUUUUAAACUGAAUCUACUUCACGUGGUAGUACAGAUGACACAGAAUUCUGAAAUCACUAACUGCUGGCAGAAGGGACCGUGGACUUGAUCUAGAGUUCGAGUAGACUUUUCGAGUUCUCGGCAGGAUCGCAUUCAUUGGCUGUGUUCAGCCUAUCGUAGUUCGCAUAAAUUGGCUUUACAACAUUAUAAUGAGUACACCAUCAAAUUUGCGACAAUAUUUUCCCAUCACACAUUUGUGGCUCAGAAGCAUAUCUCAGCGGUUAAGUUUAAGUUGAACAGUUGCAUUGGGAUUAAACGUAAUAAAAGUACAAAAAACGUACUAAAAGCUAAAAAAAUUAGGCAAGUAGCAGUUAGUUAGGCAAGUAGCAGUUAGUAGUUACCCACAACCCUUUCUUCAUUAAUGUAGGGCAUUGGUGAGACUAAAAUAAAAUCGUGUGGCAUAUGAUGAAACAACUAACUGUGGGUAAUGGAAAUCCGACGUGCCCCACGAUUAAAAACUAGGCUUCUGGAUCCACUCCUGAUUGCAUUCUUUUGAUACGAAAUACACAUUAUUCUCAAUGUACCAUAUCUGUAACUUUCUUAUUGCAAGAUACCAAAUCAGACUUGAGCAAUACUUCUCCUUUAUGUUUUCGAGUGAACGACAAAAGUUCACGUAAAUCGCUGAGUUUUUGGAACCGAAAGAACAAAAAAUUUACUCUUCAGACCACAACUUCACAACGCUUGUCAAGCAAGAUAUUGCUUUGGGACUUACGACUUACGACAACCUUUUCUGUUCUAUAUGUCCCUCGAUCUUACGACGUUGCUCCAUUUUGUAGAAUUGAUAUCUAGAUUUUUUCUGUUCCUUCGUCCAAUACAAUGCAGUCCCAAUUCCUCAACAUCGUAUCAUGUUGUCUACGAACCCGUGCAUUAACCCUUUUUUUCAUCAUAACGAUACGUUGCAAAACCUACUUUGUACGACUUCAGACCUUCGCUUUGUUUCACAUUUCGGACAAACGAAGAUUACACUUUAAUUUUCUUGGCCAUAUAUUUGAUGGAAAAGAUCCGCCAUUGUCUGCGAAGUGUCGGUGUUGGUGUAAUAUGAACCUGUACAAAAGGUUGGGUGACUUUCAUCCGAAUAGUUCUACUGUUUACGUUCGCCGCCACGCCAACUUUCUUGAAACACAAGAAUUUAUAGCAUUGCCUUUGACCUACCACAUAUGGUGUUACAGUUUUCGUUCUGAACCAUUUGUUCAUAGACCCAAAGUAAGCCUUUGGUAUACUGGCUACUACCGAUUAGAAAUGCUUCAAGACACCGCUUUUGCUGUGACUUCUUGCAAUACAUAGAUAGAUGGUAACAGUUUCGGUAACGUUAUAGAUUCAUUCCAACUAUAACAUUACCGAAACUUGGCUCGAUGAACAAAUUAAUCCAUCACAAAUGUUUGGCAGUGUGCAAACAGUCUUCCGUAACGACAAAUUUUAGUCUAACCUAAUCUCAAAAAAAGAGAGAAAAAAUAUCCCUCCCUCUUAAUCGGAUAACCAAACCACGUGGUUAUCCGCCUUCAACCGCUUGGGAAUCUUUCCCGUUUGUUUUCGGCCCUAAUCUUUCUUUGCCCUUAACGCGCAUAUACAAAACAUAGGAUAGGAUAGGAACAAACAUGUGGUUCCCUCCUGCUGGUAUUAUUUUGUUUACAUUGGUCCUUGUGCUUCAAUUUUGAUAUUUAAUUUUUUUUAUAUCCGGCCCUGCUAUCUAAGCUGGGUCCGUAACAUCCUGUCCGUAUCGCUCCUUUUGCUUUGAGAUUCUUAUUUUCCUUUGAUAAGCAUGCACGAUGAUAUCUCGAGCUUCAGUGAAGUUUGGAUUACACAUUCCUAUGGACACCUCAGAAGCUCUUCGCUUGUUCGUUCACCCAUUGUUCCAUGUACAUGGGCUGCCUAAAAAUAUCCGACUUUGACUGUGCGAUAACUGACGAAAAAAAAAACAAACUAUUUAGUUCGCUCGAACCACACGAUUUCGACCGAAGCGCGUUGAAGAAAUGUAGCCACACGAAUGUUAUGUAGUUGUUUAUCUCUUACGAUUGCAUACGAUUCUUACGGUCACAUUUUCGCAUGGAGCCGUUUCAAGUGUUGCCGUAGUCAAACUCACUCGAAAGAGUUAUCUUGUCUAUCACAGCUUUAUCAAGACACUUAAACCUCUAGGCUCAUGUCAGAUUUCCGUCGAUUUAACCUAACGUCUCCUAUCUCAUUCAUGAGGCUGCCAUCUUCAAGGAAGUACAUUCCUCAUUUUAAGGAUGCUGACUUGAACAUGAAGGAAGGACACAUCCCUAAACCUUCAGUGAUCCAGUAAACCUAACCCGCGAGAUAUAAAACGCCACUUUGCGUGGGAAAUUUCAAGAUCGGGUACUUUUUGGACAACCCACAUAAAGUCUUCUAUAAUAGACGCUCAUACUAUUUCCUAAGUAUCCAGGCCAAUUCAUUAAAUUUUAAUGAUACAGAACCCAGGGAUCGCGUUAUGAUUGAAAUAUGAUAACCAGUGAACUGUUUAAUGUUCUUUUUCAAACUUGUUAGAAAUCAAUGUCAUUCGUUGAGGAUAGAAUUUGAUUGUUUAGUAUGAAAUCAAACAUUUCUCCGCGAAAACUAUCUCCGCAUUUGGCAUAUAUAGGGGAAGAAUAAGCACGGUUAUUCUAUAAUCUUUCAACGAUUGGAUAUUAGACAAUCUGCAAUCACAUAUUAUACGGUCGACUGCAAAGAUCAUACCCAAAGCAACAACGGAUGAAACCACAAACAUCCGAUCUAAAUUCAGCCUCAAUUCACAGCAACAAAAAAUCAUCUAAACACAGCACAAGUACACCUAAAUAACCAUAAUGUGAGUGCCAAGCUAAAUACAACAAACCACAACAACAUUGCGCGAAACAGGACCUGUGUUUCGAAACAAAACCAAAACCGAAUCAUGAUCGUGCAAAUCUGGAGAACAACUAAAUUGAAACAUUUUGAACAACCAUACACGCGAACAACCCACACACACAAACAACACAUGCCACUACAUGAACGCAUUCUACUCUGCGUCAAAAAAUUGGACACCAUUUUCGAGAACGGGAAACUAACUGACCUUUCGGUUGGGUUCGAAGUGAAAAGACCGGAAGAAAGCAAAUGUGAGCGCAUACAGAAUUUAGAAACAUGUUUACGCGAAGGAAUAAGCAUGAGCAAAGUGAGGGAAAAAAAACAAAACGGAAGCAUGAAAUUAUAUUAUUAAUGAAAUGAAAUACUAUUACUAAAUAAACAGAUAAUGGUAAUGAGGUAAGAAAAAAAAACCACACACUGUAGUGCCUGUUCCCAAAAAAUUCAAAGAUAUAACAUUAAUGGAAGCAAACAGAUGAAGUUUAUAGAGGAAAAAAAUAAAAUAAAAAAUGAAACACUCACGUAUCGAAAACAAAUUACAGAACAGAGAUGAUGCGCGAGUGGAGCAUACAAAAAGGAGCGAGAGUAUCGGAAACGGGAGGCAGAACGCGCGAUUUUUGCUUCCGUUUGAAGUCGUUUUCCCGUUCCGGUUCGUGUUAGCGUUUAUGUUCGGUAGCUGAAGGUGAUUGCUUUUUUGCCUUAGUUUUUCCGUUUCGUACCGGAGCGCGAGAGAGGAAGAAAGAGUUCGAGUGAACCAGAAUUAAUAAGAGGGAGAACAAAUAAAAAAGAAAAAAAACAACUACAAAAUACUUUUAGCUUAUUGUCUUAUCGUUUAAGUAAUAAGAGUCGAUAAACAGAAAGAAAUGAUACAAUAUUAGUUAAAAUCGGAGAAAAAUGAAGUGAACUUAAAUAAGAAUCGUCUCUCACACAUACACAUUCAUGUGUGUGUUUUCCUUAUACUGAUCGACUUUUUCCAUUAUCUAAGCAAUGAGAAAGUUAUCGUUUGACUGUCACGUCGAAUACAGAUCAGAAAAGUACUCGCAGAGAGUGGGAAGUACACAGACACACACACACACAUUUGUAGAAGCAUCGCUUUUUGUUACAUUAAGCAUAUUUAAUCCGAAUUAUGCGAGCGGAAGAAAUAAAAUCGAUUUUACUUAGCAUCAUAGAGGAUAGAACUAAAGAAGAAGAACAUCGUUUUGAUGAGAAAAUGUAGAUACAAUUGAAAAACACAAAACUACAAAUAAUAUAUUUUCCAACCGAAGUGAAAAAAAAAACACAAAUGGGAAAAAAUAUCGAGUUGUUUAAUUUGUUCAAAUGUCCGAUUAUUGCAUAGAACCGGAAACAGAAUGCGACCGAAAUAAAACAAUUGAAAUUGAUGUUAUGUUAAGGUUUUCUCUUAAAGUAAGACAGGUUAAGCAAAACAAUACAAAACUGCAUUAUUUACAGAAGUUCUAUAAUUGAUUUAUAUUUACACGCAGAAAAACAGAAAAACGAACGAGGGCGAAAUAGUUACUUGUUAGCUCCUCUUCCGUGUGAGAACCACAAUUACUGGAAAAAAAAACUCCUCAACACUCAUCCACACAAACCCACAAACACACACACACGCAAACAGACAGAUGAACUGAGAAUUGAAAACAGACUAUUCAUAUAGCAGCUGAACUGGACGUAACGUCAGUUUCAAUUAGUUUUCUUAUAACGAAAUAUAUACAUGAGAGCAAACACACUUAUUAAACAAAAACUCUCCAGGAAAACUAUCACUAUUUCAACCCUUGGUUUCAAGCAUGUCCAAUUGAGUUCGAGAACACUGUUCCAGGAAUAAAAAGGCACUCAUCGAUAAAAAGGAACAACUAGAAAUGACCAAAAUUGACUUCCACUGCUUUGAAAAUAUAAGAAAAAAGUAUAAGAAAAAAAAAACCACA